CAACCACAAUCCGAGUCUACUGUCGGUGAAAGAAGAAGAAGAAGAAGAAGAUCGGAAGAUGCUGAAGCAGUCGAAGAUCGCCAAGGUGCUGAAGGGUCUGUCAAUGGGGGCAAAAGGUGUAAGAGUAAACAGAUCAGGUCAAGAAUCAGGAGGACGUGGAGCGGCAAGGAGGGUGCCGGAAGGGCAUUUUGUGGUGGUGGCGGUGAAGGGCGAAGAAACGAAGAGGUUUAUAGUGAAAUUAGAUUGCCUGAGGGAUCCUGCUUUCUUGAGGCUGCUAGAGAAGGCCAGUGAAGAGUUUGGCUUUGGACAGAAGGGUCCUCUUUCCGUCCCUUGCAACCCUCAAGAACUCCAGAACAUCAUCGACAAUCACGUGCGAAGCACGUGACCCCUUCAUCUCUCUCUCUUCUGCCUAAAUGCUAGCUAGCUUCAAUUCGCACUGGGAAAUUAGUUAUACAGGGUACAUAAUGCGGUGUACUUAAAAUGAUAUACACACCAUUAUUAGUUAAUGACUUUGGACAAACACACAAUUAGGCUUUUGUUCAAUUAAUCAAACACUUGUGUAAAUCACAUUUUUUCUGUAUGGGGAAGAUUAUUGUGGUACACUUAUUUCAUUUAUAUUUGGAUCGUACUGUGUACCUUAUAUUCUGGCCAUGUCUGUCUUUUUGGGGAUCGAUGGCCAUAUUAUUGUCUGUUCGUGUAC